AUGAGCUACGACUUGCAUGGACAAUGGGAUUACGACAACAAAUAUGCUAUUCUUGGAUGUCCCGAGGGUGACUGUCUUCGCUCCCAUGUCAAUCUUACAGAGACGACAAGUGCCCUAUCAAUGAUCACUAAAGCUGGCGUCCCAUCUUCGAAGGUUAUUGUCGGACUGUCUAGUUACGGGCGGUCCUUCAAGAUGACCAAAGAAGGCUGUACCGGACCUAUGUGCCGGUAUGAGGGCCCAAAAUCAGGCGCACAACCUGGAAGAUGCACCAAAACAGCAGGAUAUAUAUCUGAUGCAGAAAUCAAUGAGAUCCUCGAUGAAGACGACACAGCUAAAACAAGCUACGACCAAAGCAGCGACAGCAAUAUCCUGGUGUACAACUCCACGCAAUGGGUGGCCUACAUGGACGAUGACACCCGAUUCAGCCGGACCGACUACUACGAGAGCCUCAAUAUGGGCGGUACAACCGACUGGGCCGUUGACCUGCAGUCAUUUGCAUAUAGCUCUGGUGGUGGCGCCGAGGGUGGCGGUUCUAGUUCUGGCUCUGGCUCUGGCUCAUUCAACCAGUCCAUUGCUAUCAUCGGCUCAAGUAUCUGGGAGGGAGACAGCCAUGCGGCGAAAUGCUGCGCGCCCUGCGUGCUUGUGCUCCCCGAUUUCCCCCUUUCAUCUACGUCUGUUUUCACUCGUCCACCGUAUGUUACCACGCUGGAUGUCGCUUGGCCAACUACCACGACGUUGACGAGUAACGGCGUAGUCGUUACCACCACAACCGUUAUGCGCAUCCUACAGGAAACUACUCUCCAGGCUCCUCCUGUCACUGUGUCCUCUAUCCCGAUAGCCAAUAUCAACGUCACUAUCCCGCUCGGCAAAGACGACAAUAUCACUCUGACGCCGAAGGCGCGAUUCCCUGCAAGUGUCACUCUGCCUCCCUGGCCUCAGGCCACCGUCAUCUAUUACGGUGACGAUGGUCAAGAUAGCAACGAUGACAACAACGAUGACAACAAUGAUGACAACGACAUCCAUUUACCCAAGAUUCCCAAAAUCACUCUGUCCGAAGGCCUCGAAGAACCUGAGUGUCCUCCGGACGAAGACUGCAAUGGCCCCUGUGUAUUAUUUUGCCACUGCUUCAUAUGCCCCGGCGGAGGCGGCGGCGGUGGCGGCGAUGGCGGAUUCGGAGACCCCAGCGAUCCGAAUCCCCCUGCCCGGCCCGCAGGCGAUCCAACAAACAACAGCAAGGACCCAAACAACAGCUGCAGCGAGUCUUCCACAGCAACAGACUACUGGGUGUCGUGCGAGAGCAAGGGGCCGACGUCGACCUCGUGCACGACAACAAGCAGCAUGCUGCACGUCGGCUGCGACGUGUCAGCCAGCACAACCACCACCGGGGAGAACGUCUGCCACUUGAUAGACUGGGACGAGGACCAGGGAGAUGACAGCAAAAACCGACCUAGCGACAAUCCCGAUCCAAAGCCAACUUCCACCACUUCCACCACUUCCAAAACCACCUUAACAUCCACAGCCACAUCUACAACAACCACAGGCAAACCCGUCCCAUCGGGCCUGCCCUCCUCCCGCGACGACAUCCAAUUCGUCAUCUUCGCCCCCAACAGGAUAACAGACGACGAGUCAACCUGGCGUUGGGCCGGAUACCUCCUCCCCAAUCCUGGCUACGACGACGAGGACGUCUGCAACGAGAAGUAUGAAGUCCUCUCGGACCCCGACGUCGAAGAUGACCAAGCUUGGCCUAUCUCCAUGGGCCCCUUUAAUGCUCCAGAUUUAGAUUACUGCUGGUUCCACAAAACAGGGGAUCCCCCCAAUAACCCAGGCUAUGUCUCCUGCAGCAAUCAUCUCGAUCUGCUGCCGUGCAUAGGGCUUGACGGGAAGCAUGCGGUGAGGAAUCCGGCACAUACAUGUACCGGGAGUGGCGGAGAGAAGACCGAGUUCUGGCUUCAGGCUUGGUGUCCUUUGAAGGGGUAG